GAUCCGGAACGUACAUGUCCUGCUUGUGGAAGAUCAGACUUCAAAAGCACCAGAGGCGUCCUGAGUCAUAUGUCACAGGCUAAGGGUUGCCAGUGGUAUCGCAAGGGCAAGUUACGGGACCUCGGAAUUCAUGACGACGCUAACGACGACACAGAGUUAGAGCCUUUUGUAGGGGAGGAGGAGAAUGCUGAUGAAGAAAAUGGAUGUAACGGUGACCAGUGGGACCCCCAGGAAUUUAUGGAGGAAUUCCAUGAUGAACAAUUCGACCUCAUUCCCAUCUGUCCCCCUUCUGUA